AUGUUUCACAUUUUGCAAUUUGCAUGAUGCAUCUGUUAGUUCCAUAAUCCAUUACAGUUAACUUUGUGCUGUACAGCAUAUAAAUUUUCAUUGUAAUAUUUGAUAAUCUAUCUUUGUACAUUUAGUGUAUUGCUCCUUUUUCAUUAUAUAUGAGGUGAAAUAGUGUACGAUAAUAAAGUGCAGUUUAUUAGUUCUUUGUUUACUUAAGAAAAACGAAAUACCAGUGACCAGACUUUACAUAGAAAAUAUAGUGCUAAAUUAGUAUUGAAUACUUGUGAAUUUGACUAAAAUCAGUCGUUGUGUAAUGUGUUUAAGUAGCUUAUACACCUACCUACUACCUACUAUACCUACUUGAUUGAUCAAAGAGCACACGCCAACCAUUUAACUUUCGAAGACACUGAUAAUCAAUAGAUCGAUUCUAGAAAAAUGUCAAUUAUAAAAGAAAAACCCGCAAUGCCCGAACCUAUCGUAAAACAUGUUGGUUGCGCUCAUUAUAAACGUCGUGCAAAGUAUGUUACACCAUGCUGCAAUAAGGUCUACAUGUGCCUGUACUGCCACGAUGAGAAUGAAGUGCACUACUUCAACAAGAAGUCUGUGACAGAGCUGAUCUGCACUGAGUGUGACACAAGGCAAAAAGUGCGGGAAGAGUGUGAGAGCUGUGGUGUAAGAUUUGGAAAGUACACAUGUCUGAUCUGCAAACUGUUCGACGAUGAGGACAAGGAGCACUACCAUUGCGAGGGUUGCGGGAUCUGUCGCGUGGGCGGCCGCGACAAUUACUUCCACUGCGAGCGUUGCAACAUGUGCCUGCCUGUUGAGCUACAGACAGUUGGACAUAGGUGCGUGGAGAACGUGUCGCGCGCCAACUGCCCGGUGUGUUUGGAUGACAUCCACACGUCCCGGAUCCCGUGCCUCAUCCCGGCCUGCGGGCACCUGCUGCACGUGCCCUGCUUCAAGCAGUUGCUGAAUUUCGGCCACUACGCCUGCCCAACCUGUCAGGCCAGCAUGGUUGAAGUUUCUAUAGAAUCUGAGGAAGUGUCGUAAAAGAAAGAGAUGUUUAAAUUAACAAAGGAGACAGAUAAAUACCCUUUCAUACAUUAUUGGGCCAAGAUGUAAAAGGAUGAAAUUAGUGUCACUAAAUAGCUUAUAAAUUAAAAAAGCAUCACUGAAAAUUUGAGGAUUUUUGGCAAUCUGAAAGCUGAGUUAUAAAAGGUUUUGUAAAAUUAAGGUUAUGCAAUAUAUGGGCAACAACCUAUAUUAAAACAGCAGAUUUUUUAUUUUGUUGUAUGAUAAUGAUUCUACAAGUUUUGCAAUAUCAGAAGUCAAAUAGAGAGAAGGAAAAUAUCAAUAAAACAACGGGAAACACUCAAAUGACAAAUCGCGUAGUUAUGAAACGAGUGAUUGACAAUUGACGUUCAAGACAAUUCUGUGGCUGUCACUGUCAGCACAGAUAAAAAAUACAAAACGAGAUUCUGGUUCUCCAAAUUUAAAACAACAAGUCAGUGAUAUCAACUAUUUGUCGUUUACGUUUUAAUCAGUACCCCAGUAAUUUUGGCUACACUAAGAAUAAGGGACAACUCCCUUUGUGAAUGUGGUCUAGAUGAGGGAAACGUGGAUCAUUUAUUCUUCAAUUACCCUUUAACGCAACCUUCUUUGUACAAUUUUAUACCUCCUGAAAUUCCCCGCCCAACUUCCUUUAUAUGUCUCCUCACCCUAGUUUUCACUCCUUUUGUAUAUAUUUUGUUUAAAUAUAUUAAAGUAAAUAAGAUUAAGUUGUAAAUAGCACUAAGUAAUUAUAUUAAAUAAUUUAAGUAAUUA